CAGAUUUUAAAUUUUAACGAUAUAUUUUGUUGAGUUUAGUUUAAGCUAUACAAACAAUAUGGUUCAAUUUGUUAAAAAAAUACUAAAAUUUUCAAUAUUUUUUACAGUAUUAUUGGUAUAUUCCCAAGAUGAGGAUGAUUUUCUGCCAACGGAACAAGCAGAAGAAGAGUGGCACAUGGAUUUUAUGCCGACCGGAUAUCUCCCAGACAGUGUUUACCGAGAACUAGCUUGGUACGGCAUAAUGCAAAUACAGCCUCUACACCACAGCACCAAACAUAAAGUGGCCGCGCAAUUGAUGUGGCAACACACGCUCGGUAGACCACAUGUCAUCAUGGAAAGUCCACCUCAGUCCUUGCAAUCAGAGGGUAAAGUUAGCAGGCAGAUUCUCGCUGAAGAAGCAUCGAAAUGGUCUCGUGAACAGAGAGCAGCUCAAGAGGUAUUGAUGGAGAACAUUAAGAGUGGCGGCAAUGGUCUUACUGUUCGGACUGUUGUGAGCUCAUCGCAUAAAACUGUUUACAUCAUACAGAAUGGGAACUAUUACGAAUGUCCAAAUGGAUCUGAACCGGAUCUUGACGCGUAUAGAGUCCAAGCAAAUAUGCACGAGAGAAAAUGUACGUAUUCGAAGGCAUCAGUACCGGUAACUGUUGACCCUUGUAUUGAAGCGGAGGUGGCUCCUAUAGAGUAUUCAUUCCAUGAAGGUUGGAUGUUUUGUCUCGGCAACGGGGAAAGGGAAAACAAUUAUUUUCAAAACGGCACAAUCGAUUGUGGAAACAAGACAAAAGUUUCACUUGACGAAUUCCUAAGUCUUUGCGCGAUUGACAACAACAUAGUAAUAACAUUCGAUUACUUCGGAGACGAGCCACGUAAGGAUAUGAUGCACAAUGCUACCCUCUGUACAACUUGGGACCCCUGCCGACUCUCUUAUUUGUAUCGACUCGAGCCACCACCUGUUGAGCUAACGCCUUCCUUCCCAUCUGAGACACCAAAUCCUUGCGAUACCACAGUAUGCCCUGAAUGUGUCGAAGGUGUCACUGAUGACGUGGGAGUACCCAUGGACCUUUCUUCAGGAGAAGAAGUGUGACAUGAAAAUUUGCGAUAUUUUUGGCUGUAUUUUAUAUUUUAAGAGCAAUAAAUAUUAGUACCUG